AUGCCCCCAGUCACCCUCAUGGGUCGCACCAAUGCUGUGCAUGAUGUAGUCGACCCAAUGGUGAUGGUCGCUCGAGCAGCAGCAGCUCGUCUAGGGAUGGAGGCGCAGCCGUCGCAUGCUGGCGGCGAUUCGAACAGCAACUCGUCUUCUGCCUCAACAACCCUUGACGCCGGUGUUGAGCUGCCUGACGGGUCGCCACUCUUGUCCCCGACACUCCAAAACAUGCCAAACAUCCCCUAUGAGCAACUGCUUGCCCACCAGCACGCGCAGAGUCAAUCUCGAUUCUCGCAAUCGGGCUCUCCAGCACGGCAGGGAUCUGGGUCGUCGUUCAACUUCUCCGAUCUUCCACCCCACUCGCCUGGACACGCGACCCCACCUCAUCAGCAACAGCAGCAGCAGCACUGGCAUGACUGGCAGCAACAGCAGCAGCAACAGCAGCAGCAACUCCAACAUUAUCACAAUUCCUCGCCAUCAUCAGCACGGCAGCUCCAAGCUGCACGACCAGAAAGCUUUGCUGGCUUUGGCAGCACGUCCCCCCAGCGCGGUGGACGAUUUCCUGCUCAACAGGCCCUACCCCGUGCGCUGGCCGUCCAACAACAACAACAGCAGCAACAGCAACAGCAGCAACAGGGGCACCAGCGUGGCGGCCCAGCAACCCCUCCGCCGCUCUCGCCAUCGCAAUCCCAGUACCUGCAACAGCAGCAAGUGCAGCUUCUUCAACAGCAAAUUUUCCAAAUGAACCUGCAGCAGCAGCAGCAGCAGCAGCAACAACAACAACAACAACAGCAAUCCCCUUCCCAAUUUCAUCAACACUCACCCGCGUUGCAACAGCCUCAGCCUCUUUCGGCGCUGGGCAACACUCGCUACGGACGACCAAAUUCGACAGGAUCGAGUCCGUUCAUGUCGUCGGCUGCACUGACCUCGUCCAGUUUCCAGAAUACCGACGUGUCGCCACCGGUUUGGGCUGAUUUCCCGCUUGCGGCAUCUUCGUUUGCUCAGUCGACACCCAUACUAUCGGGGCUUGGGGGAUCUUCCUCGAGCUACUUGGCUCGAGCAGGAAGCGAAACUCUAAGCUCGGGCGGAGGAAGCGCUGCAAGCCUCAGCGACGCCACCUGGGCGCCUACUGCUACAACAGGGUUGAGCAACGCGGGAUUGCGUUCGCGUCAUUCCCUUGCGGUGGGAGCCAAAUCCCUGGCACAUCAACACCAAGGCCCAGGCUCUCUUCCAAGCCUGCUCAAUCUCGACCUGACCCCCGGAUUUGAUCGACCUGCACACUCGUCCGAGUUGAGCUGGCUCGACUUGGAGCAAUCUUCUUCCACCAACCAGUACAAUCAGGCACCCCGCUCCAUCGUGCAAUCAUCGGACGGCUCUUUGGCGCAUGUUCAAUCCGAGUUGAUGUUUGGCAUGUCGGCACGGCGCCACCUGUCCCAACCGCAAUUGGUGAAUCCCCAACAGCAGCAACAGCAGCAGCAGCAGCAGCAGCAACAACAACAACAACAAUUAUCCGGCAGUUCGUCGGCUGGUUCGGCGUCCGUUGCAGCUAAUUAUGAUAUCUGGAGUGCUCCGCCUGCGGCAGCUCUGCGCUCUCGCGCCAAGCGAACAUAUUCGAGCCAGCUCUCCAACCCGGGUUUUCCUGAAGAGCUCCACGAGUCGACGUCUGGCUUCUCCUCUCGACGGGCCACGUCAGCCACCGAUCUCACGGGCCGGACCGAGCCCGUGCCCGAGCCGUUCGCUCUUGGUUUCGCAGCUGGCCAAAAGCCCGUUCUCGCUGCCGAUCAGCCGAGCAGCUGGAACCCUCUGCUGUACUCCACUUCGAGCGCGACCAUUGUCAAGUCUCCUCCGCGCGACAUUCCUGCUUACAAUGACAGCACUGACGCUUGA